UUCUAUUAAUACAAUCAUUAAAACGCUCAAACAUCAGAUUAACGUUGAUUAUCCCAUUUCACGUGGUGUCAACUCUACAACUGUGUGUGUGUUGUAUAUAAUAUUUCUUUGAUUUAUAGUAACAGGAACAUGAACAAAUUACCAAACAACUUGCCACAGCUACAAAACCUAAUAAAGAGAGACCCAGUUUCAUAUAGAGAUGAGUUCUUGCAACAAUAUCGACAUUAUGAAUCAAAUCUUCAGAUAUUUCAACUAAAACCAUCUGCGUACUCCAAGACACUGGAAGAAUUGGUGCUAUUUGUUGCUCAGGUGGCACCUUGUUACCCAGUGGAAGCUGCUCAAUUUCCAGAACACUUGAGAGAUUUACUUAAUCAACAUGGUGACGGAUUAGAUAGGAGCAUGAGAAUGGCUUUUUGUAAGGCUUUGAUUCUACUGCGGAAUAAGAAUAUGCUACCAGCUAGCGGCAUACUAGAGCUGUUUUUCAAACUCUUUCGUUGUCAGGAUAAACUUUUGCGGAAGAUGCUAUACACUUACAUUGUAAAUGACAUUAAAAAUAUCAACAGGAAACACAAAAAUGCCAAACUGAACUCGACACUUCAGAGCUUCAUGUAUACCAUGAUGAAAGACAAUAAUCCAGUUGCUGCAAAGAUGUCCCUGGAUGUUAUGAAAGAGCUGUAUAGACGAAACAUAUGGAAUGACGCUAAGACAGUGAAUGCCAUUGCCACUGCUUGUUUCUCCAAAGUCACCAAGGUGUUGGUGGCAGCUCUGAAGUUUUUCUUGGGUCACGAAGAUGGUGAGAAAGAGGAAUCAGACAGUGAAGAGGACGAACCACCGAAGACUGAAAAAUCACUACGGUUAUCACAUAGAGUAGGCAAACACACCAGAAAGAGGCAGAAAAAGCUAGAUCGAGCUUUGCAGGCAUUGAAGAAACACAAGAAGAAAAAGAAAACAGCAGAGGCAUUCAAUAAUUCAGCCCUUCAUCUCAUACAUGACCCACAAGAUAUGUGUGAAAAGCUGUUCAGUCAGUUGGAAAAGACAACCGAGAGGUUUGAAGUAAAGCUUAUGAUGAUAGAUUUGACAUCAAGGCUUAUUGGUAUACAUCAGCUUUUCCUUUUGAAUUUCUACCCAUUUGUACAGCGCUUCUUGCAGCCACAUCAAAGAGAGGUAACAAAAUUGCUUCUUUAUGCUGCUCAGUCCAGCCAUGAGCUAGUUCCCCCUGAUGCUAUGGAGGGUGUUUUGAAAACAAUUGCAAACAAUUUCAUCACUGACAGAAAUGCAGGAGAAGUGAUGGCUGUUGGACUGAAUGCAGUGAAGGAGAUAUGUACUCGAUGUCCCUUGGCCAUGACCCAAGAUUUGCUGGGUGAUUUGGUACAGUACAAGUCGCACAGAGAUAAAGGUGUCCUGAUGGGCGCCAGAGCCUUAUUGCAGCUGUACAGGAAAGUCAAUCCUGAACUCCUGAGAAUAAGAAAGCCAAGGUCAGGUAAACCAACAGAGGCUAUGGCAGAGGCAGAACCAUUGGUGUAUGGAGGUCAGAUUGCCAAGGAUUUUAUUCCAGGAGCGGAAAUUCUACCAGAAGAGGAAGAACCAAGGGAGACAGAAGAAAAUGCUGAUUGGGAAUCCUGCAGUGACGAAUCAGACGGUGAGGGAGAAUGGGUUAAUGUACAUCACUCCUCUGAUGAAGAAACACAGGAGGAAGAUGGAUCACAGAUUAGUAAAGAAGAAAAAUUAAAAAAGGCACAGUGUGUGUCCAGUAGUCGCAUCUUGACGACAGCUGAAUUUGAGAAGAUUCAGAAGAGGCAGGUGGAUAAGGAAGUGGAGGGAAAGCAUGGCAAGAGGAAGCGAGAAGAAGAAGAUGAGAGUGGGAGUCUGUUGACACUUUCUACAAUAGAAAACGUCCACAAAAAGAGGUCUCAUGACAAAGAGAGCAGAUUGUUAACAGUCCGGGCUGGAAGAGAAGGAAGGGAAAAAUUUGGAAAAAACCAUGAGAGAAUGAAUCCUCAUGCCAGCACAACUAACAAAGAUAAACGAAAGAAUAAGGCUUUUAUGAUGAUUAAACACAAAGUUCAGAGGAAAAAGGUCAAAAGGUCUUUCCGUGAUAAACAGAUUGCAUUACGAAACUCUUUACUGAAGAAACAGAAAACAAAGAGAUAGAUUGUUUUGUUAUAUUUGUAAUUUAAGAUUGUUGAAUAAAUUGUUGUAGCAUUAUGUACUACGAAUUUAGCAUUUGUUAAUUACUAACCCCCACCCCCAAAGCAAAGUAAUUUUUAAGGGAGAGAGAGAGUAUGCCAGUUGCAACAACUCGCAUAACGUAAAUCCUUCCAACAGUUCAUUUUCAUCACAUAAUCAUUGUAACGGGACUUUCAGCAUUCCCGUGUAUCUCAUUGUUCAAAAAGAAUAAUGAGAGUUUCAGUGUUUAGUUUAAACUUUAUUUCAUUUGAAUAUGUCAACUUAUAUAUACACAAUAAAUAAUAUGCACACAGGAUUCGGAAACAAGUAGCAACUUAUAUUAAUCUGUUUCCUUGAAUUAACUUUGAAUGGUAAAUGUACAUUUGCCCUUGUUGCAUGACAAAGAUGAAAAAUGAAAAAGUAAAGAAAAAUGAAAGAAAAAACUUUAGACAAGUAAAUAAAUAAACAUUUGAAGAGAUGUAAUAACAUAAGUUCAUAAUCACAAUAUAAAUAUACAGAUGCAUAACAUACAUGUUUAUAACAGUCAGAAAGAAAUGAAUAUACAAUAACUUCCAAACAAGAAAUUACACCACUUUACAAAUAGAAACGAAACUCGAUAAGAUUAAGUUACAAAUCUUUUGGAUGCGGUGAUAAAAUGAUGUACAUGUUUAAAAAUAUUUUUAUUAUAGGAGAAAUUCUUAGUUAAGUCUCCUUGUAAAAGGAUAUUUACUGUUACUGGUUUUAUUGGAUCAAUAAAAAAAAUUCUUACAUCUUUGAAGAGAGAACAUUCAAGUAAAAA